AUGAGGUCGACCGCUCCAACAGCGUGGCAUACUGGGGCUGUGACCGAGGUCUUCGAAUGUCGCAAUAGACGGAGAGUUACCCAGAAGGGCAAGCAGAAUCGAUCGGUAGGCACAGGAGCAAGAGUGAGGCCUACCAAGGACGACUUACUCGGAGACGUGCCAAGAUGUCAGCAGCGAAUCAAGGUGAUCUCGUUCACCAAGCAUGCCGAAGAGCUGAAAGAUACCUGCAAGCCUGGGUUCGGCAAUUGCCAGUGCUUGCCUGAAUGGCUGUACAUGAAGAGGACAGACAAGACGGUCGAAAACAACCAUGUCCACACCCAUGACAUAGAUUUACUGGAUCGUUACAAGCGGAGCGAUGCGCUGAUGUACUAUUCCAAGCUCAAGAUUGAAGAAGGCUACUCCUACAGUGCCGUCUUGAGAUACGUACACGAAAGAUAUGGGCCGGUCACGCAACAGGCUUAUCAUCUCAGCAAGGCAGACGUUGGAAAUGUUAGCAGGCCAUGGAGAUUGCAGAACAAGGAUGUCGAGCUGAAGACUGAGGUGGAAGAGGAGUCUUAUGAGCAGAAGCGACGACGAGAGUGCCUGGAUGCUAUUGAAUCCACGACGCAAGGCGCUUUGGCGAAGGCUCUGGCGGAGGUUUGCAGACAGAUCCCACAAGCGGUCGACAUCGCCGCACCAUUUAUGGAGUUUCCUGAGCGCGACGGCGAUGCAGAAUCGCCUGGUAUUGUGGAAGGAAACGACCUGGUUGUCUCUCCGCCUGGCAUCCCGACGAAGAAAAUGAUUCUGUCCGAGGGCUUUCAAGGAGCGAAUACUACGCCUACAUCAGCGCAGCCUGUAUCAGCGCCUAGCGGGCCAGAUGGAGGAGUAUCUCAAGCGUCCCAGAGCGCGCAUGCUCUCACUUCAUCUACCGGAGCAACGCAGUCACCCCCAGGUCCAUCUACUCAAACUUCUGCGCCUCAUCCUAUGCUGCCACCGCCACCACCAACGAGACCGCCAAUUCCUGCAGCAGCCAUAUCUACAGAUCCCGAGACCACAAGCCAAGCCUUCAUCAGUGAAUCAUCGCGGACAUCGCAGUUCGCAGUUCCGUACCAGGCCAGUCGUCGAGUUCUUCCUCCUCCUGUCCGGACGUCGACCUCCGCCCAGCUGUGGCCGCCUGCAAGUAUUACGCAACCACUUGCCCGUAGAACUGGAAAUGUAGUGCAGCCACUGUCAGGGUCGGCGAGCUCGCCUGGACCUCGUCCUUCGUGGGCAGUGUCGACUGUCCCGCAGAAACGACCAAUCGAUGCCGUUCGAGGAGACCGGGAUCGGCCAAGCCCUGACAAGCGGACUCUGGUUGAGGAAAUCAGCGCACAGCUUCGAGAUGAGCUCCGUGGUAGCUCUUCAGUGUCGAGCGCGCCAUGA